AUAAGGCUAGCUUCUCCUCGCAUUCUUGGAAAGAGCUAGAAAGAGAGGAACAAAGUGAUGGCCAAGAUUUAUGAAACGAAGUGGGUUGUGUUUCUAGCUUCUUCCAUCCUUCUUAAUCUCUUCUUCAUCCUUAAUCUCUAUCUCCGACAGUCGCCGGAGCUGACAUGGAGCAGUGAAGCAGCGGUGGAGGCUGAAGCUGUUGCAGCUCUCUCAUGCUCCGGCCAUGGCCGGGCCUACUUAGAUGGGUUGGUGACUGAAGGAAAUAAACCUGCAUGCUUCUGUAACUCAUGCUAUGGAGGUCCCCGAUGCUCCCAAUUCUCACCUGACUGUCCUGCAGAUGUUAAUAGUGGUGAUCCCCUAUUCUUGGAGCCAUUUUGGAUGCAGCACGCAAGGAGUAGCGCGGUUUUGAUGGCUGGGUGGCAUAGGAUGAGUUACAGAAUGGAUGACACUGGUUCCUCCAUCUCAGUGGAGCUCACUAAGAUUAUUUUCCAACUACAUGCCAUGGUUGGAAAUGCAGUAACUGAAGGAAGGUUCAUAGUUUUUGGUACUGGUUCCACUCAACUCCUCCAUGCAGCAGUUUAUGCCCUCUCCCAACAGGGUUCAACCUCCCCUGCACACGUCGUCGCCACCAUCCCCUUCUACCCGGUUUAUGAAUUACAGACAGAGCUUUUCAACUCUGUGGACUUCAAAUUUCAAGGAGAUACUUCCCUAUGGAAGAACUCAUCAUCUGCUUCUACUAGGAAUAUAAUUGAAUUUGUUACUUCACCAAACAAUCCUGAUGGCCGACUUACAAAGCCAGUUCUUGAAGGCCCAUCUGUGAAGACAAUUCAUGACCAUGCAUACCAUUGGCCUCAUUUUACUGCAAUCUCAGCUCCUGCAGAUGAAGACCUCAUGAUCUUCACUAUAUCUAAGCUCACUGGACAUGCCGGCAGCAGAUUCGGGUGGGCAUUGAUAAAGGAUGAGGCUGUUUAUCAAAGGAUUUUAACAUAUUUGGGUCUGAACACUCUUGGUGUCUCUCAAGAUACUCAGCUUAGAGCUUUAAAGCUUCUGAAAGUAGCCUUGAGAGGAGGAGGAAGAGAAAUCUUUGAGUUUGGAUACAAAACAAUGAGGACGCGAUGGGAAAGAUUGAAUAAGAUCUUAUCAGCAUCAAGACGUUUCUCCAUUCAGAAACUUGAACCUCAAUAUUGCAGUUAUUUUCAGAAAGUCACUGGACCUUCUCCAGCUUAUGCAUGGUUGAAAUGUGAGAGGGAGGAAGACAUAGACUGCUUUGCUGUCCUCAGAAAUGCAGGAAUCAUCGGCCGAGCAGGUAGCUUAUUCAAUGCUGAAAGCCGCUAUGUGCGUCUAAGCCUCAUCAAGAGCGAAGAUGAUUUCGAUUUGUUGCUGCUUCGGAUGGAUGAAUUGGUUUCCAAGGAGGAAGGUGCCAAAAUCAUAUGAAGAUUAUAAUAAAUACAUUGAUCUAAUGUAACAUUUUAUAUUCCUUCUUGUAGAUAUAUUGAAAAAUAGCUUUAAUUUCAAGGUCAUGAACUUGAGAGUCUUAGUCUUA